AUGGCACGAGCCGUCGGCCGCGGCGGCCUCGUCGCGGUCGCGCUAGCCUUCCUGCUCCUCUUCGCCUCGCCCGCCGCCGCCGCGGGGCGGGGCAUGGCGCGGACGGAGGCGCAGGAGCGCGCGGCGUACGACCUCUGGCUGGCGCGUCACGGCAAGGCGUACAACGCGCUGGGCGGCGAGUACGACCGCCGGUUCCAGGCGUUCUGGGACAACCUCCGCUUCGUCGACGCGCACAACGCCCGCGCCGGCGCGCACGGCUACCGCCUCGGCCUCAACCGCUUCGCCGACCUCACCAACGAGGAGUUCCGCGCCGCGUACCUCGGCGGCGCCGGAGCCGCAGCGGACCGCAACGCCACCGCCACUGGGGAGAGGUACCGCCACGACGGCGUCGAGGCCCUGCCGGAGGUCGUCGACUGGAGGCAGAAGGGCGCCGUCGCUCCCAUCAAGAACCAAGGCCAAUGCGGUAAGAAGAAUAAACUCUGCUGGGCGUUCUCGGCGGUGGGCGCGGUGGAAGGGAUCAACAAGAUCGUGACCGGCGAGCUGGUGACGCUGUCGGAGCAGGAGCUGGUGGACUGCUCCAAGAACGGGCAGAACAGCGGGUGCAACGGCGGGAUGAUGGACGACGCGUUCGCCUUCAUCGCCGGCAACGGCGGCAUCGACACCGACGACGACUACCCCUACACCGCCCGCGACGGCCGCUGCGACAUCACCAAGAAGGCCCGCAGGGCCGUCUCCAUCGACGGCUUCGAGAACGUCCCCCGGAACGACGAGAGGUCGCUGCAGAAGGCCGUCGCGCACCAGCCCGUCGCCGUCGCCAUUGAGGCCGGCGGCCGCGAGUUCCAGCUCUACGAGUCGGGCGUGUUCACCGGCCGGUGCGGCACGUCGCUGGACCACGGCGUCGUGGCGGUGGGCUACGGCACGGAGGACGGCCAGGACUACUGGCUGGUGCGCAACUCGUGGGGCGCCGACUGGGGCGAGGCCGGAUACAUCCGGAUGGCGCGCAACGUGAUCGCGCGCGCCGGCAAGUGCGGCAUCGCCAUGGAGGCGUCGUACCCCGUCAAGGCCGGGCCCAACCCCGGCCCGUCCCCGGCGCCACCGUCCCCCUCGCCGGCGUCACCGGUCGUCUGCGACCGCCACAGCACAUGCCCAGCGGGGAGCACCUGCUGCUGCACCUACGGCGUCGGGGGCAUGUGCAAGGACCGCGCCACCUGCUGCCCGGCGAGCCACCCCGUCUGCAACGCCAAGGCCCGCACCUGCGCCAAGAGUAGGAACAGCCCGGACACCGUGGAGGUGCUGCUCCGCUUCCCGGCGAAGAGGCAGCGGGGAUCGCUGAUCGCCGAGGAGCUGGUCGAUUCCGUUUUCUCGAUUUGAUUUAGGCAUUGUUUACGUUAUAUUUUUAAUUAAUUAAACAUUAGUCUAGGAUUUAUUGUA